AUUUCGUUUUAUUAUCCACCCUGUGUGGGACAGUUUCACGGAGUUUUCGGCGAUAUCAGUGUAAAUUUUUACUGAAAAGGCUCUGUUUUUUUAAUGACCAUUCAAAGACUGAUAGUACUAUUCUGUUACUUAUGAUGCCUGCAAAGAAUGCGAAAAACGGGAACAGUUACAAAUAUCGACCAAUGCAAGAUCCAACUAAAAUGCAAGAUGGCUUCACAGAAUUGCAGUUUCGUAAGCCUCCAGUUAAAGUUCCAUUAAAAGCCAUUGGUCUUGCGGUAUUUUUAUUCGUGGUUGGAUCUGCUCUUAUUAUUGUUGGAUCUUUACUUCUCUCGGGUUACAUAGAUUCAAAGUACUCUGAUCGUACAUGGCCGGUGUUAAUUCUUGGCGUAUUGGUAUUCAUCCCCGGAUUCUACCAUGUCAGGAUUGCGUACUAUGCUUAUAAGGGAUACCGAGGGUAUUCAUAUGAAGAUAUUCCAAACUUUGAUGAUUAAGUGCGACCAUUCUACUUGAGUGUGUUCUUGUAAAUAUCUGCUUAUACAUAUCUACAAAAAAGAUUCAUUUAUUCUGUUAAUGCUUUGGCAUUCAGGUGCGGCUAAUUUUCGUAUUAUGUGACUCAUUGCCGAUGUUCGUAUAUCUAUGCGAGUGAAAUAUACUGCGUCUUUUAAAAAUGGCCAAUACUAAGAAAUUUCUGACAAUUGCUUCAAUUAUUUGGAAUGGAGUCUUGAUAUUUUUCAGAAAUGGAUGAUGAAUCUGUUUAUUCACGAAUUUAUAAUUCAAAAAACUGCCAUGAUAUGAUUGGUCACAUGAUGAACUUGUCUCUUUCUCUUUCUAUCACUAAUGUAACUGCAGUAAAACAUGAAGUGUUUUCUCUACCUUAACUUAUCUUAUGAAAAGUGUGCAGUUCAUAAAAUAACAUUAGCAGAUAUCCAGGGUUAGUGGGGAACCAGAUAUGUAUUUGCAUAUUACAGAAUAUGACAUGGCGGGAGUGUGUACAAAUCUUUUGCUAUCCAUUGCAGUUGCUGGGUUGGUGUGACUUGUUAGCUUAUGUAUAUAUCUGGUAGCAUCGCUUAUGUGUGGGCUUUGAAUAUGAACACAACGUUCAGCACUAAAAUGAGGUUUGAUUGGCAAACCUUAUUGACUGGGCUGAACAUCACUUACAUAAAACGUAAAUUGCAAUUGACCACACUGUGAUGACGCAUUGGUUGUGGAAUAGUGAAAAAGGGACACUGCGUACACAAUAUGCAAAUAACCUUUAAUGAAGUUACGAUGUAGACAUAUCUCAUGAAUAUUAUUUGAAAGUGCAAUUAUUAAUAAAAAACAUUUAUUAUGAAA